GUGUGGUGCGGGGCGGGACUGAGCCGGGCUGUGCCGUGCGGGACGGGGCGGGACUGAGCCGAGCUGGGCUGUGCCGUGCGGGGCGGGACUGAGCCGGGCUGUGCCGUGCGGGGCUCGCACUCCCGGAUCAUUUACACCUGUCUGGAUUCGGUAUCGCACGGCUCAGCCGCCAGUUCCCUGGCUCCCUGCGGGCGGUCGCACCCACCACCAUGUCGGCUCCUGCUACAAAUCCCAGCCUGAACUCUAACGCCAUGUCUUUCCCAGCUCCUCGGAUAACCCUACCUCUGGGGAUCUCGGUUCUGCAGACCUACUCCGGAGCUUUCAUCUGUUUAGAGAUUUUGUUCGGAGGUUUGGUGUGGAUUUUGGUCGCUUCGUCCGAUGUGCCUGUGCCUCUGAUGCAAGGCUGGGUGAUGUUUGUGUCCGUCGCUAUGUUCUUGUGUUCCACGCUGUACCUGUCCCUGUACCUGUGCGGCCUGGUUGACCGACUGGAUACAGACUGGAAUCUAGUUGUAGAGCAGUCUGUCGGUGUACAGUGGUAUUGCAGGCAGCUGGAGCAUCUCCAGACUGAUUUUGCUCGGAUUUGUAACUGCCAGUUUCAGAAUCUGAACUAA